CGGAGAAGAUGGCGGCUCCUGGACCAGGAGAGUAUUUCAGCGUCGGGAGCCACGUCUCCUGCCUCACCUGCCUGGGGCAGCGCUUGCAAGGAGAGGUCGUCGCUUUCGACUACCCGUCCAAGAUGCUGACGUUGAAAUGUGCCCCGUCCAGCGGUAAACCCAACCUUAGCGAUGUGAUGCUUGUUAACUUGGCCUAUGUGUCCGAGGUGGACAUCAUCACUGACCGUGCUGAAACUCCUCCCCCUUUAGCAUCUCUCAAUUUUAACAAGCUUGUGAACCGAGCACGAGCGGAAAAGGAAGAUAAGUUGUCGCUAGCUUAUGCAGUUAGUGCUGGGGUCUCUGUAGAGGGUCAGCAGCUGUUCCAGACCAUUCAUAAAACCAUCAAAGAGUGCAAAUGGCAGGAGAAGAACAUCAUCGUGAUGGACGAUGUGGUCAUCAGUCCGCCAUACCAAGUGGACAACUGUAAAGGCAAAGAGGGCAGCGCUUUAAGCCAUGUGCGCAAAAUAGUCGAGAAACAUUUUCGAGAUGUGGAGAGUCAGAUAUCAGUGCAGCAUUCACAGCAAGCUCAACACACACAGGACUCUGCUUUAUCAUCAUGAGCCCAGACUCAGAGAGGGAACAUUAUGCUGACAAAGGAAGUGUUGUUCGUUUUAAAUUAAUAUUUUCUGAUGUUUUUUUUUUUUUUUUUUUUUUUUUUUUUUUUAACCAAUCGCCAGACAAAGGUUGAGAUAGCUGAUACUCAGCGUUUUGAGCAAGGAUGACGAUCUUACACGUCUGAAGAGAAAAACUGCUUCCACCCACAAAAAAGAGAGCAAAAAUAGUGCCGUCAUAGAUCAUCAUUUGAUAAAGAAAACAUCUGAUGUCCUCAUUUCUUGUUUUUCUGUUCUGUUGGAUCGCUGUUCUUUGCGUUUACUUCUGUGAUUCAUUUUGAUUCACUUUUCACUAAAAAAAUCUUGUAAUCCGUGAUCUUUCUUUCUACCCAUAAAGAAAUGUGGCACAAUGUGUGUGAGGAUUGAAGCAAAAACUAUUUUAUUACGUUAAAAAUUUGCUCAGACUGAAUUAUUAUUAAUUUUCUUUGCGCAAAUAGUUUCUCUUAUAUAUAGGUUUGGAUAGACUAAUAGGGCUUAAGGGGCAGGAUGGGAAAUUGAAUUGCACUUAACAUCUACCCAACAUCUCAAUUUCUGAAAAAAAAUUUUUUUUACAUUUCUUACAUUGUAAAUGUCACUUUAAGUGACGGACAAAGGAGUAACACUCUUGAGUUCUGCAAACAUCCUUUCAGUUUACAUGUAGAACGUGUUCAUGACGUCUCUUUAGCUCCAGGAAGGAACUGGAGAGUCCCUUUGGUCAAACAUUACAUUAUUUUCUUCCAUUUUGGUCCUGUAGUUGCCAUUUUGAAUACCUCUUCCAUAUUGGGACCAUUUUUUUCAUGAUGCAAUGUUUGUAUUAUCUUUAUUAUUAUUAUUAUUAUUAUUAAUAUUUCCGAAAGCAUACAAACUGGAAGGGUAAAUGCGCUCCAUGCAUUCCUUGAUUAUUUCAGAUUUACUUUGUUUUUCUUUAGAUAUGCGUCAGCUUAAGACUGCUCGUAUCUUGCUCAUCUCUCGCAGCAGGACUGAUCUCUUUUCUGAGCGGGACUAUUUGUAAUCGCCUUUUUUGGGGGGGAAAGUAAACAUUAAAGUGAUCUCUUGCCAUGUUGAGAGACUGGGACAGGGGGGACGGGUGGAAAUCCUCCCCGUCCCAGCCUCGUGAACUUUGUAGCCUGAUGGAGGCUCUAGCAGUGGCGCCAAGCUGUGACGGGCAUAUCCGCGUUACACGGCAGUUCGUAUGGCUGUGUGCUAACUGGGUUGCUGUUGGCCUAUAGGUUUCUUUCGCAGUAUUUUAUUUUUUAUUUUCAAAUAGUAAUGAACAAAUAAAUAAAAAAAGAGAAAAA